GGUCCUCUCAGGCCGGAACGCCAUGAUUGCUCUGGAAAACUCCACACUUACAGGAAAAAGCUUCACAAAAAAAAUGAACAUACACAAGCUGAAGAAGGGCCGAGGUGAGCGUUAUCCUCUGGAGAUCGUUGACAUCAUGGGGAUUGAAUCGACAGAUGGAGGAAUAAAACAUGAAGACAUCAUCAAGGCAUUUUUGGGACACAUUUCAGAUGAGUACAUCUUUAAUCCUGGGGCAGCCAUAACCGAUCACGACCCAAAAUACAAAAAGAACCCAACUUUGCGUGAUAAGGUUCACUGUCUGGUGUGCAUUCUGUCUGCGGACUCUGUUUCAAGAAUGGACGACAAGGUCUUUGGUGAAAUGAGGCUCGUUCGAGAGAGUGCUAGCCUGUUGGGAAUCCCUCAAGUCAUCGUCAUGACCAAGGUGGAUAAAGCCUGUGAGACGGUUAGCCAGGAUUUAAAUGAAAUAUACUACAGCAAGAAGAUCAAAGAGAAGGUGGAUAAAUGCAAUGAUAACAUGGGCAUCCCAUUAAACGCCAUCUACCCUGUGAAGAACUACUCUGAAUCCAUCACCCAAGAUCUAGUAAUCGACAUGCUCCUCCUCACGGCAUUGAGAGAUAUUCUAAAUUUUGCCAAUGACUAUGUGGAACGUGAGAUGGAAAAAGAUGAGUAGUAAUGAGCGAUAUAAAAAUAUACAUUGAAAUGUGGAUUGAGGUCAACCUUAGUUUAGGUGUGUGCUGUACUUUAUUCUUUAACUUCUCCCUUCUUCAUACUCGUCUCGUUUGCAUCAUUCAAGUUGAUCAAGUUGUACAAGUUGAUCUUCAUCUCAUCUGUUCGUAGUAUGUUGUUCUAGAUGUGUUUUUAAAAAAGUUUUUGGCAAACCAGUGUUUAACAUCUUGUGGUAAAACCUCGGUAUUUAGUCUGGUGAAGUCUUCUCUUGAUUGUUGACUUUGACACAGAUAUGCCUACAUCCUUGAGGAUAUUCUUGAUCUGGCCAACUGUUGUGAAGGAGUUUGUCUCCUUCACAAGGAGGGAAACUCCUUCUUUCAGCAGGGGAAGAAUU